GGCAAUUCAUGUGCAAUUCGUCUAGAAAACAUUGAUUAAAGCACAGUCAUUAAUCGCAGCAUGCGCAUCGAAAUUCAGAAAUCCGAGUAUAACCUGCGAAGUUAUCAGUAGAGAAGUAUUCAAAAGCAAAACAGCACUCUACCGAUGUGAUAAAUGGCUCACAAGUAACACUACCCAACUGACACCGAUUCCCUUUAAAAUAGAUCACAUUGAAGUAGACGGUAGAAAGAAAUUUCCUCGACGCUCGGGCGUAAUGACUCAUCUUAUCACUUGCAAGUAUAAAAGUAUAAAAGAAAAAUACAUAUCUGCCGGAGCAUUGAAGGCUCUUAACAAGCAGCCAAACCAAUACUCGCUACGCUGCACCACAAAUUUCCUAAAGUCAUAACUAGACCAUGAGUCAUCAUCAGGUCAUGAGAUUCAUAAAGAGGUUAAUGUAUUUCCCCGUAUCACAUUGCUGUUAGAGAUCGAGCCAAGACCUGCAUUCUCGAGGUGGCUUAUUGUGUGCUCUUUCGCGCGCUCGCUGCGAAAGCGAUUAUGCUCUUCGACAACAGAAAGUCGCUGCCAAAUCAUAGACGGUAUCACACACAUCAUUUGCAUAGUUCGCGUCAUCGCUGUGGUCACUGGAUAUUUCGCGGGGACUGUUGUAGAAAGAAGCCAACUCAAUUCAGUAUCUUUCUUGACGCGUACGCGGUAGAAGACCGAGGAUGUGUCGGCUAAAUCUCAUCGUGUGGUACACGCUUCUACUGGUGGUCGCCUACGCGGCGGAAAAUCAGAGUAAUUCCACUUAUGAAGAUAAGCAGCAGGAUGACAUGAUGCACGACAGGGACAUGAGGGACGACAAGGACUCGGUACAGGAUGAGUUUGACAAUAACUACACGAAGAACCUCGAUGAGAACGGCAGUCAGAAUGUGCCGGCCGAGCUUCGCGACAAAUCCACAGAGACCAGCGACGGCAACUCUACCACGUCGCAGCUUCGCCUAGGAAGCAAUUCGAACGAAACGAAUUCCAAGAACUGCAAUGAGACAGUCUGUAUACCAAUUUGUUGCGAACUCGGCUAUCGUAUAAUCAAUGACAUAUGCACGCCCGAUGACAGUGAAUAUGAUUUCCCGGAGGUACAUGAGACAGGCAAGAAGGUAAACGAGGUUUUUCCAUUGUUCGUAUCAAAUCUAUGUGUCAAAGGACACUACUUCGAUUCCGUCUUAUAUCCCGAGGACAAGUACAUAAUUCUGACCAACGGUUCAGUGCAAACGCUAUUGAACAGCUCCAUCGAUCCGACAUCUUACUGUUUCGCCGUCAUGAACAACAGCAAAUACGAGCUGAUAAUGUGCUAUGAUAUUACAUUUACGACCGUCGAUAAGCUCGUGCAAUUCACCUUAGUAUUCAUCGGUACCUUUGUGUCCUUGCUGUUCCUGCUGUUGACCUUCGUGGUGUACACCAUUCUGCCGGACCUCUGGAACAUGCAUGGUUACAUACUUCGCGGAUAUAUUGGCUCAUUAUUCUUUGCGCAUAUAUCCCUCGUGCCGCACAAGCUGAUACCGGACAAACCUUACGUUUUGCCGGAUGCAAUCUGCAUUGGAUCGGCCUUCAUCGCUUACUUCUCGGACAUGGCGAGCUUCUUCUGGCUGAACGUGAUGUGCUUCGACAUUUGGUGGGCGUUCAGAAAAUUCCGCUCGUUACAAAGAAAUGUGAACCAACGGGAGAAAAAGAAGUUCAUCAUGUAUUCGAUUUACGUGUGGGGUUGCACCUCCAUCCUUACUAUGCUUAGUUUCAUCAUGGAUUUCUUCCCCAAUAUAUCGGAAUCUGUUAUCAGUCCGGAGCUUGGCUUCUUGAAAUGUUGGUUAACGACGGACAACUUGUAUUAUUUCCUACCCAUAAGUAUCACUGUUAUCUGCAACAUCUUCCUGUUCAUUUCCACGGUGUUAAAGAUCGUACAGCAGAAGAAAGACAUGGCUCAUCAGCAGAGAAGCUCGGAAAGCAGACGUCACAAUGACAACAAGCAAAGGUUCAGCCUGUACCUGAAGUUGUUUAUUCUAAUGGGCAUAACCAAGUCCAUGAAUAUAAUAACGUGGAUGUUCAGGGAGGUGCCGUUAUUCGUCUUGUACAUCUGCGACAUGGCGAACGUUUUGGAGGGUCUCAUCAUCUUCAUCAUAUUCGUGUGGAAGGACAAGAUCAGGAAGCUACUACUAAAAAAAUUUGGCUGUCGGGAAGACAUAUUCUCCAGAAACGCAACGCGCAAUGAUUGCCACAGCACAAGUGCCUCGCGCACCAUCACAACGGGGGUCUCACUUCAGGAGAUCAACCUCUACGUACAAAAUUCGAACUGUCGCGCGAAGAAUUCGUCCGACAAGAAUUCGACCGACUGCUCUAAUGUAUAAUGCGAGGAGAGAAUUCCUUUCGUGCAGAAUCAUCGCAGUGGGUAGCCUACAAUACAUUUGAUGGUGUCGUAACGUAAUUUUACAGUCAAAGCUAAAUUUUACAGUCAAAGCUAAAUUUUGUAUUAUUGCGCGUUGAUCUUUUUUUCUUUUUCACUUUAUACAGAGUAUCUGGCGGCACAACACUAGUAGCACUAAUAAUACUUGCUUGUAUGUUAAACUGUACAGGAAAAUUUUCUUUCGUUUUACAGAUUUCACAAUAGUUAGUAAAGAAUUGUUACAAUAUCAACGAAAGUGUAUGAUUGCACGGAAAGUGCUAAGGCAAUCUUUGUAAAUAAAAUCUCAUCCAAAAUAUCUAGAAUCUCUUCACAAUGUUUGGAUGUUCACGUGUAAAUGUCUUAAUUUACAUGUGACCAAACAUUGUGACCCAGUAAGCAAAUUGACUUAAACAGAUAUAUAUUUUAUUAUAUUUGAACAGAUAUAUAAUUUAUUAUAUUUGAACAUGUAUAUAAUUUACAAUAUUUUAUAUAAUCUAUAUUGUUUACGUGACAAACGGCCGUGUCAUAUACAUCUCGUAGAAAAUAUAUAAUCAAUUCAUGUAGAUAUAAUUUUGAAAUUUCCAGCAUAACCCUUCUUUUGACAAUGUCCUGAUUCAUUCUGCACACAAGCAUUGUGUCAUUGUCAGAUAAUCUGUAUAUAAUAUUUGAGACAUCAAAUCGAUGCUACUCUGUCUUUCAGGUAGCACACACGCUUUUUUUUCUCUAAGGUAAACGUCUCAGUGGUCGAACAUAAAGCCAAUAUGUCCCAUGAUUGACAUAUUGGCUUUGUAUUUUUCUUUGUUGAAAUGCUUUGCAAUAUACAAAACAAUCAAAUAAAUGAAAAGAAAUAUUUAGUUACUUUGUCAUUUUGUUUCAUUUAUUGAUAAGCAUCUUAACAAACACAAGUAUAUUAUUAGUAAUUCAAUUAUCGGUACAUGUUUAAUUACUAGGACGUUGACCUUAUAACUUUUAAUUCUUGAUGUUUAGAUAUAUAUUCUUUUAAUUAUUUACGAUUUAAAAGUUUGAAAAGUUUUAAGUAUUUACGAUUUAAAAAUAUUAUAGAUAUUUCUUAUUUUUGUAACAUUAUUAGCAAUAUGGCUGAUGUUAUAAUUUUUUAGUAUUUAUAGGGUUCUUGUAAAAGUUCCCUUAAAUUUGUAUGAAAUUGUCAUAUAAAUUACUUUAUAUUAGAUAAACGUGAACCAUAUAAAUAUACAUAUAUUAUUGUUGUAUUAGAGAUAUUGACGGAAGAGUACUCUCGUACUUUAAACUCGUAUACCUGUCUUAUAAUGUGAAUAUGAUCACCUAUAGAAGAUUAUCAUAUACUAUUACAUAAUCAUUGCUUGAUUUUAAUUUCUAUUUUUAUGUUCAUUCCUGAAAGAUUUUAAUAUCACUAUAUGUUACCGUGGAUUUAUAUUUACCUCUGGUAAAUUAAUAAAAAUAUGUUGUGUGUAAGUUAUAUAUAUCAAAUGUAUGCCAUAAUUUUGUACAAAUUUUACUUUAAUAUAACUUACCAUAUAAUCACACAA